CCCCAGCCGACAUCCAUCAAUGUCGAGUGUCGCUCGUACCAGUGCGGGUUAGCUACGCUUUCGAACUCUUCCAGGACUCGAGGAGAACACGCCGCUGGCGCCCACUGUAUAGCAAGUAACGACUAACUAUGUCAUGAAGAUUCGAAGACGGUGUGUUCUACAUACAAUUUUCUACGCGGUAACUGACAUACUAUUCCUCCAGUCCGCAAUGGGUCUGGAAAAGGUUCCAAAUAUUGGCCGUCAGUGUGGCGGGAAAGGCACCGGCCGUCUCCUUCGUCCAGCCACACCAAGGUGGGUGAACGACAUCAGUAACGACCCACACCUCUGCACGCCCGGCGCCUCAGCUCGCUCCAUGCGAGGAUGAGCACGAGCGUCGUCGGCACCGGACGCCAGCCCGCCGCGACACAUACCCACUCACCGCGUACGUGGCCGGCGCGGUCUCGUGCAAACAACGAAGACGACGCGGGGAACCUCGAGGCCGUGGACCGUAACCGAAUACCAACCAGCCCGUCAUUGGCCCCCCGCGACCCGACCAUCGCACGCGAUGAGCCCAACGCUGGAGGUCUCGCCGUCUAUGGUGCGCUAUCGCCUUGCGAUGAUAGCGUGAGCAUAGAGCGCGAUACGACCCGGCUACCAUCCAACUGUGCGCAUUGUUCCCCACACCAUGCUAGCACAAUCGUCAGCGAGGAAGUGCAGCAAGCCGCACGCCCUCGCCAGGAGGUGUACGCCGGUCGAGGUGGCAGUCAGUUGGGUUCUGUGUCUGACGACUGCCCCGUUAAGGGCUGUAAAAGGUUCCAAACAUUGGCCGCCUUUCCGCUGACCACAAGGCAGACGAGGCGGGUUGUAGCGGUUCGCUGAGCGUCAAAGGCGGCGGACAGCUACUAGUACACUCCCGCAACACCUGCACGAGUGGCAGCCGACCCCCGCGAAGGUGCGUCGCCUCCGCCACAUGUCCGUUACAGACCCACGCAGACAUCUCAGCGCGCCAUCGCUCCGAUUAGAGAGCGAUGGGCACCUUCUCGACAUCGAGCGCACACUCGCGAUGGACAGGAUUCCACUCACCUCCGUAUGUAGCCGGCAUGGUCCCAUUCCGG